AUGUCUCUGUCGGUGAGACAGCUCAACGCGGAUGCCUCGUUUCUUCUCUCUUUCGAACCCCCAAGGGAUCCCGCCUCUCCUCACUUCCGGCCCGAGCCCUUCACCGUGUUAACGGAUCCUUGGAUCACGGGCCCUUCAAAAAUCUUCCAUCCCAUUCUCGCCUUGACUCAUCAUAGAACAGCCGCUUGCAUAUCCUGCCUUAGAGAUCUCGCCGAGCCCGACCUCGUCAUCAUCAGCCAGCACAAGAGCGACCACUGCAACGAGGCUACCCUGCGGCAACUACCCCUACCGGGACCAAGACUCGAAUCCUGGCCUGAAAAGAUCACCGUCAUUCCCAAGUGGGAAGAACUAUCAAAGGAGAGCGUGGCCUCCCGGCGCCCGGCGUGCCUUUCCUCAGAGCAUAUUCACACCACCUGCCACCCCGACGAGCACGCGCACCCCCAGCCCUGUUCCCGGCCCCACCCCGACAGCGCAGGCUCUCCUGCUCGCGCCCCCAACGCCGCCAUCCUCUCCGCACCCAGCCCGAGCCAUGAGACACACGCGCUCUACCAACUUCCGCCGAGGAGCAAGUCCGCGUCCGAUCCGCAGUCCCGCUCUCUCCGUCAUCUUCUCCCCCACGGCAUUUCCUACCGUGAUCUUGAACCCUACGUCCAGAACCAUCUCGUCCCGGAAGCGGCCUUGCCUCUUACCGCCCUGCUCCACUGCUUUGACUCGCAAACGGCGCUGGCCCUCAGUGCUCGGGCCUGGAUCAGCGCCCACGACGGCGACAAGGACAUCAGCGGCCUCAUGACCAAGAUGCUCAAAGCGAGAAAGUAUGCCCGCGAAGAGGUUCUCGAGGCGCUGUCGCCGAGGAGAGGGCUCCGCUCUCACGCUUCGGCCGACAUAGAGGUGCUGAAGCUCGGCACUGGGGAGGAGAUUUGCCUCGUGCGGGAGGGUCUCGUUGGUCAGCGUCACAAGUGCUGA